AUGAAUUCUGGUAGUGAGAGUGACUCCUUGUCAGACUGCAGUUCCAAGGCAGGUUCCUGCUCUAACUCUGACCACGGUGAGCAGAUCCUGCAGUUCCUGAACAUCCUCAGGAAGAACGCCGUCUUCACCGAUGUUGUCCUGCAAAUAGAAGGUCGUGAGUUUCCAUGUCAUCGUGCCAUGCUUUGUGCCAACAGUCUCUACUUCCGGUCCAUGUUUAUGGGCCAGUUACGAGAGAGCGGUCAGUCCGUGGUACAGCUACAUGAUGUAUCGUCUGCUGCCCUACAGCAUCUGCUGGACUUUAUUUACCAGGGUCAUGUGGAACUCCAGGAGGACAGUGUGGAAAUGGUUUUUCAGGCUGCUCACAUGCUGGAUGUGCCUCUGCUCACCCAAGCCUGUGUUGACUUUCUGAAGACGCGUGUGUGUCACCUGAACUGCCUGGGCCUGAUAUACUUCGCCAAGCACUACUCGCUCCAGCCGCUGAUGGAGCAGUGCGAGAAUUUGCUGUAUCACGACUUUGACCUUGUAGCAAAGCAAGAAGAGUUCCUGGAGCUGCCACUGGAAAAGGUGAUAGAGCUUCUGGACUCAGAAAAGCUAAAAAUGAAGGAGGAGGUGCUGGUCGAGACCGCAUUGCUGUGGGUUCAUCACCAGCAAAAGGAGAGGAAACCAGAUCUGGUGAAACUGCUGGAGAGGCUACGACUGCCUCUUCUGGACCCUGUGUUCUUCACCAACACACUGGAGGCCGACCAACUGGUCCAGGAAUGCCAGGACUGCAGAAGCUUGCUGCAGGAGGCCAGGCUGUACCGCAUGUAUGGACGAGAGAUCAGCUCCGAGCGAACUAAACCCAGAAGGCAAUCUGGCUGGGCUGAGGUGAUCGUGGUUAUCGGAGGUUGUGACAGAAGGAUUUCUGGACUCUCCUUUGCUAAGAAAUUGGAUCCCACCACAGGGAAAUGGUUUCCUUCUCCCAGUGUACCUGGCUACUCAAAAUACGAGUUUGCUGCCUGUGAACUCCAUAAUGACAUUUAUUUAUCAGGCGGGCAGCUGAACAGCUCUGAUUUGUGGCGCUUCAUGUCUCAGCUCGGUCAGUGGGUUCGUGUGGGCAGCCUGCUGAAGGGCAGGUGGCACCAUAAGAUGGUUUCUCUUUGUGGAAAGCUGUAUGCUGUCGGAGGUUGUGAUGGGUAUCAGAGGCUGAGCAGCGUGGAGUGUUUCAGCGUGCAUGAAAACGCAUGGAAGGCCGUGGCACCCCUGUUGCUGCCCGUCAGUUCGGCGGCGGUGGCCAGCUGUUCUGGAAAGCUUUACGUGAUCAGUGGCGCUGUGACUGACGAAUGCAACAACAACAGGGUGCAGUGCUACGACCCUGUGAGUAAUAAAUGGACGUACAUGUCGACGUGUCCAUUCUCUCAGAGAAACAUAAGCGCAGUAUCACUGAACGGCUUCAUUUAUGUGGCUGGAGGUCUGCUGGACAGGCUGUUCUGCUACGAACCCAGAAAUGACUCCUGGAGCAAACUGGUUGAGCUGCCAAUGAAAUUGGAAAGUUGUGGGCUGACAGUUUGUGAUGGGAAGGUGUACAUCAUGGGCGGCGAGGACGAGCUGGCAGUUGUCACUGACCGUACGUGGGUAUUUGACCCACAGAAUGGCAGGCAGACUGAAGAUACGCCACUCACAUGCAGUCUGAGCAACCACUGCUGUGUUACCAUCACACAACGACUACAGCAAGAGCCAAGCGUUCUGUCUGAGGGGAAAUAA